AUGCUUAGAGUAAAUUGGAACGAAUUUUCCUUAAUACUCUCACUAAUAAACACUAGCAAGAAGUUCACUAAUUCACAUUCAAUUCAAUACUUCCCGCUCGAUUUUAAACUUGCUAUUGUUUUAUAUCGUUUGGGUUCAUCAAGCGAAAAUGCGGCUAUUCGUAAAGUCACUACAUUAUUUGGUGUUAGAGAUGGGGAAACAAUUUAUAAGAUAAUCCGAAGAGUCUUUCGCUCCAUAUUGGAACUGCAAACCAAAUUUAUAACGUGCCCAGAUGUAGCUGAACGACAAGAUAAAGUGGAGAAAACCUAUCAUGAGCUUCCACAUUGCAUUGGAUAUAUUGACGGUACUGAAAUAAAACUUGCCGAAGCACCAGUGGUUAACCAUACAUCCUAUUUUUCAAAAAAUAGAGUGUAUUCAAUAAAAGCACAAGUCGUAUGUGACUAUCAGCUGAAGAUUCGACAUGUCGCAGUUGGUCACUAUGGAAGUGCACAUGAUGCUCACAUGUUUCGUACAAGCGCUCUCUGCAUCCAAGAAAAUUCUUUAUUUUCUUCAGAACAAUGGUUAGCAGGCGAUUCUGCUUAUCCAUUACUUAAAACUCUUAUAGCUCCGUUUCGGUCAAACUCCCAACAGCUUGACUACUCCAAACGUAAAACUUUUAACUUACGCCAUAGCAGAUUUCGUGUAAGGAUUGAACAUUGUUUUGAACUUCUGAAGGAACGCUUCGGUAGUCUUAAGGAGUUAAGAAUUCGUAUUCAGAAUGACACGAGUCAUAAUUUUUGUUCAAAUUAG